AAUCGCCGCCGACCUAAUUAAGGGCUUUUGCGAGGUAAGGACCAGGUCGCUGGGCGCGAUAGCGCAGAGACAAGCUCAACAACCACAGCAAUCACUCCGCGAACGCACGCGCACUCGUUUGGCCCAGCCAGGCCCCAGCCUAGACCCAAGGCUCCAGCGCGCGCAGCGGCCGCCGCGGAGCAAACAACAAAAGAUGUCGAGCUCCGACAGCGACGACGACGUGCCGCUCGCGCAGAUGCAGGCGCAGAGUUCCUCCAGGGAGGCGCGCGACGGCGACGGCGACGCGGCGAUGGCGGACGCGCCGCCGCCAAAGCCGCCGCCGCCGCCGCCGACGGGCGGCGGCUCCAGCAGCGACUCGUCCGACGACGACGUGCCGCUGUCCAAGCUCCAACCACAAAAAAAAGCCGCGCCGCCGAAGAAGGCGCCGGCGAAAAAACGACCGCCGCCGCCGCCGUCGAGCAGCAGCAGCGACGACGACGACGACGACGACGACGACGACGAGGACUCGUCGGACAGCGACGAGCCCAUCGCUAAAAGAAAACCAGCUCCUAGGCGGCGCUCGGCGCCCAAGAAACGCGUCGUCGAGAGUUCGUCCGGCGACGACUCCGGCGAGGAGGAGUUCGACUUCGACCGCGACGACUCGGACGACUCGGACGACGUGCCCCUCGCGACGCUGGCCCGGAAGAAGUCCGCCGGUUCAGCAAAGAAGUCUCCUGCGCGCAAGCCUGCUUCUCGCAAGGCGCCGACCGCUACCGCGCGGUCCAAGAAGCAAAAGGGCGGGGAAGCGGAGCAGGCGUUCUAUGGCACGUUACGCGGCAAGCUCCUCCAGGAAUUUUUAAGAAGGUGGUGGUACGCCUACGACUGGCCCGCUCCCCAAGCUAUUGACAAGGAACCCGAGGCAGGAUUUGAGAGUCUAGUAGCUUUCCCGGGCGUCCACAUCUGCACGCUCGAAGGCGACGAGCGCUUCGGCAAGGUCCAAGAUCACCGGGACCAUGCUACUUCUCCUUGUUUUCUCAAUUUCUACAAGAAGCCUUCGGCCGAACUGAAAGCGCUGUGUCUCAAGGCCUUCGAGGUCCAGAUGGCGCAGCUGCUGAAGGCGGAGCCGGACAACGAGCGCUACAUCAACAAACUCAAAAGGGAGCAGCGCGAUAUCGAGAGGGUCGACGCGGACAAGGCCGACCGGGAAGCUGUGGCUGCUGUUCGUGAGUAUGAGCGGGCGCGGAAGUAGGCGGUAUCCUCUCCCCUUUUCCGGCCUGGGGGGACUAACAAGUAAUGAAUUA